AUGGCUUCGGCUUCAAUUUUGUACCCUUCCGAUGUUAUUUCCCACCAUGUUCACCAUCACGGGUUGAUACAACAGAAACGUCCUUUACCUCCUCGUCACAUCCAAAUCAAAUUAAUCGUAGACAUCAAUCUCCUCCGCCAUGAUCCGAUAAUAGACAAUUACACCAACUGUUUUUCUGUACAACAAACUCUUCGUUUUGGUCUCAACAUUUUGCAAAACCGCAACAACCUUCAUGAACUUCUUGCUUCGGCAUUUACAAGACUCGGAAUCAACAUGCCCUCUGCUUCUUACAAUACCCUCGUUCAAGAAAUCAUGGGAUGUGGACUUGGAAUUGCAAACAGGACAUUUGACAGUGGAUGGUAUUGUAAAGUCAUGUAUUUACAUUCAACCAUACAAGCAUUGUUGGUGGAGUCUGAGAUCAACCAAGAGACUUUGAUGAGUAGAGCUUUGGCGGAAUCGACGUCAGAGUUUGAGAGGAUUAACAAUGGCAUGGUUGCCGCUACCGAAUCAUCGAUCAAGGAGAUGAUAGAAAAAGUUAAAGUAGAAGCUGGAGAUGAAGAAAAGUGCAUGAUAUGUUUGGAAGAAGUGGAGGUCGGAUUUGAAGCUUCUCAGAUGCCAUGUUCUCAUGUCUUUCACGAUGAUUGCAUAAAAAAAUGGCUGAAUCAAAGUCAUUAUUGUCCCAUUUGCCGAUUUGAGAUGCCAGUUGAUUAA